AUGCCAGGGGGUCUGGGCGCCGCGCCUGCCGGCUCCGCCGCCACGCGCCGGCGCCGCCGCCUUCGGCGCGCCGCUGCCGCGCGCGCGGCUGCCGCCGCCUUGCCGCCGCCAGGCCUUUCCUGGCUCCGCGGCGAGUGCGGCGGUUCUGCCGCGGCCCGCGGCCGAGGCGGCGCCGCGCCUGGUGCUGCGCCGCCCCCUGCUGCCGCCACCGCCUCGAGGGAGGUGCUGGAGUGGGUCCUGGAGGAGGGGGUGGUGGAGCAGGAGCUGCAGGAAGUGUUCGAGGACGCGCGGGGCGACGUGGAGGUGGAGGCGGAGGACGAGGGGGUCCCCGCCGAGCGCACACCUGGCGGUCUCCUAGCUCCUGGACUCAGAGAUGGGGUCGAGAGCUCCGAGGUCCUGGGUGUUGGGAUGGGGUCGAGAGUUCAGGGACUCGAUGACGCUUCGGUUGUGGGUCCUGGGAGAUGCGGCGGCGCGUGCUUCCCUGGAGUUUCUUCCACCGCGCCGGCGCAGCCGUUUGCUGCCAACCUGGAGUCACUUCAGACGACGGCACGUGUUUCCCUGUAG